AUGAGAUGGAUUGAGAGGAAUGCAGGAGUUACUAGAUUUUUACAAGACAUGCCUAAAACUAUUAAUGCAUUAACUGAAAUUACAACAUGGAAAGAUUCCCAAACUUCUGAAAAAGCAAAAAUACCUGUAACAACACUAUGUGACAGUGAAUUUAUUAUUGCUAUUUUUAGUCAUUGUGCAUUUGCUCAAUUUCAAAUAUUGUCUAAGCAAAGUUUUCCAAAAAAAUUUGGAUUGAGUACAGCAGCAAAUACUAUUAAAGAUACAUUACAAGUUCUUUCGAAACCUCAUGAAAAUGUCGACACAGAAUUUUCAAAUAUUUUUAAAUUAUCUGAAGACUUAGCAAAAAUUAUCGAUGUAGAAUUACGAUUGCCUAAGAUAUGUAAGCAAUAA